CUGAAAUCACGGGCAAUGGCAGCAAAAGUCUAUAGGUCUAGCUGUGUAGGGGACAAGGAAAGAACAUGAGUACUGCCUCAAGGGAAGAACAACAAACAGAACUGAACGCAGUCUCAACAAGGACAUUGUAUUUUAGCAGAUACCAGGUUUCUGCAACAUGUCAGCUUCUCCUCUGGAUUCAACUGCACAGACCGGACAGUCAAGUGGGGGUGAUUGGCAAGAACAAGUGUAUCAACAUAUUAAAUCUAUGAAAGAAAGUUACUUGCCAGAGUUGAAUGAAAUGUACCAAAAGAUUGCUACCCAACUUCAACAGCACAAUUCCCUUCCAACACAACCAAAGUUAGAUCAACUUGAAAAGAUGAAUGUAUUUAAAAUGCUGGAACGUAUUAUAGCAUUCCUUCAGGUUUCUAAGAGCAACAUCUCACCCAAUUUCAAGGAGAAACUAGGUUCAUAUGAGAACCAUAUUAUAAACUUCAUAAAUAGAAAAAGACAUAAGAAAGCUAUGCCUCCAAUGCAGUCAAGGCAACUUCCCCUACCUCAUAUUGAUUGGCAAGAAGAAGUGUAUCAAAAGAUUAAGUCCAUGAAAGAAAAUUACUUGCCAGAGUUGAAUGAAAUGUACCAAAAAUCUGCUAGUAAACUUCAGCGGCAUACCUCCCUUCCACAACAACCGAAGUCAUAUAAACUCGAAAAGUUGAAGAAAUUUAUGAAGAUGUUGGAAUGUGCUAUAGCAUUCCUUCAGGUUUCAAAGAGCAAUAUGUCACCUAAUUACAGGUUGAAACUGGAUUCAUGUGAGAAGCAGAUUAUAAAGAUCAUAAAUAUAAAUAGACCUAAGAAAAUCGUGCCUCCACUGCAAUAUGGACAAUUUCCCCCACCUCAUAUGCAGUCUCAUUAAAAUCAAGUGAACUCUCAAUUGCAAACAACAAAUAUGCAAGGAGGCUUUGUAGCAGCAACCCAGUAGAAUAAUAUGACAAGCAUGCAACAUAUUUAUCUAUUUGGUGUAUCUAUAGGACAACAAAGUUAGAUGGAUUCAAUGCAGCCAAUUACCAAAUCAGAUUCAGAACCAGAAACUGUUCUUAACUGCCUGCAACAGAUUUCCUGUGAGUUCACUUUGACAAAACCCUGAUAGUGUUACCUAGGAAAUUCGUUUUUGCACUUUAUUUAAUUGUCAUUUUUAUUAAUCAUUUAGCUUGAGAGACAUCAACGAGUAAAGGAAGCUUACCCUUAUGCGUUCUAGUGCUUUUAAUUUGUUUAUGACGUACGCCAAUGUUGUUGAACAUAUUGGACAAACUAGUUGUUGCUCAAGGUUCACUUGUAGUUAAGUUUUUGAAGUUAUGUGAAAGUUGUUUAAAUAAUUGUAAGAAUA